GCGCAACGGCUAGCCGGUGCCACUCACGCCUGGCUGAUCCACUAAACCGGGACCAUUAACACACUGGGAUCCACAUAGACGGCACUAUGGGCAUAAAAUUUUUGGAAGUAAUAAAGCCGUUCUGCGCGGUUUUACCGGAGAUCCAGAAGCCAGAAAGAAAGAUUCAGUUCAGAGAAAAGGUAUUAUGGACGGCCAUUACUCUCUUCAUCUUCCUGGUGUGCUGUCAGAUCCCUCUGUUUGGGAUUAUGUCAUCGGACUCCGCCGACCCCUUCUACUGGAUGAGAGUCAUCCUGGCAUCCAACAGAGGUACUCUGAUGGAAUUGGGUAUCUCCCCCAUUGUCACCUCCGGUCUCAUCAUGCAGCUGCUGGCUGGAGCCAAGAUAAUCGAGGUUGGAGACACACCCAAGGACAGAGCGCUCUUUAAUGGGGCACAGAAAUUGUUUGGUAUGAUCAUCACCAUCGGCCAGGCUAUCGUGUACGUGAUGACUGGGAUGUAUGGAGACCCCUCAGAGAUGGGAGCUGGGAUCUGCUUGCUGAUCAUCAUCCAGCUGUUUGUGGCCGGUCUGAUCGUGUUGCUGCUGGACGAGCUGCUGCAGAAGGGCUAUGGCCUGGGCUCUGGAAUCUCCCUCUUCAUCGCCACCAACAUCUGUGAGACCAUUGUCUGGAAGGCCUUCAGCCCCACCACUGUGAACACAGGCAGAGGGACGGAGUUUGAGGGAGCCAUCAUCGCUCUUUUCCACCUUCUGGCCACCCGCACGGACAAAGUGCGUGCUCUGAGAGAGGCGUUCUACCGCCAGAACCUGCCAAACCUCAUGAACCUGAUCGCCACAGUCUUCGUUUUUGCAGUGGUCAUAUACUUCCAGGGCUUCAGAGUGGACCUGCCCAUCAAAUCUGCCCGGUACCGUGGACAGUACAACACCUACCCCAUCAAGCUCUUCUACACCUCCAACAUUCCCAUCAUCCUCCAAUCCGCCCUGGUCUCCAACCUCUACGUCAUCUCCCAGAUGCUCUCCACGCGAUUCAGUGGCAACUUCCUGGUCAAUCUGCUGGGAACUUGGUCUGACACGUCUUCCGGAGGUCCAGCACGUGCCUACCCCGUCGGAGGGCUGUGCUACUAUCUCUCCCCGCCCGAGUCCUUCAGCUCGGUUCUGGACGACCCAGUCCAUGCUGUCAUCUACAUCGUCUUCAUGCUGGGCUCCUGUGCUUUCUUCUCCAAGACCUGGAUUGAAGUUUCUGGAUCGUCUGCUAAAGAUGUGGCUAAGCAGCUGAAGGAGCAGCAGAUGGUGAUGAGAGGACACAGGGAGACCUCCAUGGUGCAUGAGCUCAACAGGUACAUCCCCACCGCAGCAGCCUUUGGUGGUCUGUGUAUCGGCGGGCUUUCUGUCAUGGCUGACUUCCUGGGUGCCAUCGGCUCCGGCACAGGAAUCCUAUUAGCAGUCACAAUCAUCUACCAGUACUUUGAGAUCUUUGUCAAGGAGCAGAGUGAAGUGGGCAGCAUGGGAGCACUGCUUUUCUAAAAUUCCCCCCCACCCCAGACAGACACCACCACCUGUCUUUUGUAUUGUAUUUUUUUAAUUUACUUUUUUUUUUUAACAUUCACGCACAGUCAGUGUUCUAUCUCCUGGAGAAAGUCUUUUGGGAAGGUUUUUUUUCCCCUAGAAGCUCUGGGGGUGGAGUUACAACAUUCAAGCAGACUUUCUCUAAAAAUGAGGGGUGCCAUUGUGUCCCCCCCCCCCUUUUUUUUUCAAAACACAUUACCCACACUCCUCCUCUCCAUUUUGGCAGUCUACUUGGUACCUCCUCCUUUUGGCUUGCUUAUCAUAAGUUACCUUUGUU